UGAUAUUUUUUUCAACUUUAUUCAUCUCUAGAUAAAUCAUUCGAGAUCGGUUCAAUUCGUGAGUAUCUUUCGCACGUUGUAGACUCGUCGGCGAUCAUCGGUAAUCAUCGGCUGGCUUCGACGGCGUUCGGUGUCGCUUGUCGACGCUGUUAGUCACUGCCGUGCUUGUUCAUUACAGUUCAGUAUACUAGUUGAUAUUUGCUUGUAGUCUUGUUAUCCGUUGUAAUUUCCGUUGGCUCGCGCGUUAUUCAUUGAGCGAAGACGUGAAACGACGAUGCGAUUGUACUGGAAAAGAGAUGCGCUUCUGAAUAUAUGAGAAAGAGAGAGAGAGAGGGGAGGGGAGAGAGAGAGAGAGUUGUGUAGUGCGCCAAUUUCGAUCAUGACUUGGAGACGUUUACUACCAGUCCACAUAAUCUAAAAAUGCUCAGAAGAGGGCCACGUAAAAAUCAAUCCUGAUGUCCAUAUGGUCGGCCAGCACCGGGCGCAAUUCAGUGUUUGGCGCGGAGAACGGCGGCGGAGUGAUACUGCCCUCCUCGCACUUGCCGAUUCACAUACACGUGGCGCGCGAACAUCUGCACAACGUUGACGGUCACUGCUUUCAUAAGCGGUAUCACAAUUGUCAGCACCCAUUGGUUUUUGUCCUACGCGGGACUUUUGACAAGUUCUCCUAUUGGUACCAACAUUGCUAUCAACCUUCGUCGACGAUGUCGCAAUCAGGGGAUGGCCUUCACACACCAAGUUACUUGUCCUGGAGAAAACUGCAGUUGAGUCGUGCGAAACUGAAGGCAUCAAGUAAAACGUCAGCUUUGCUGUCCGGUUUCGCUAUGGUCGCCAUGGUGGAAGUUCAACUGAAUUCCGAUACAAAAGUCCCCUCGGAGAUGCUAAUUGCCUUCGCCGUGUGCACAACGUUGCUAGUAGCUGUUCACAUGUUGGCGCUAAUGAUAUCUACAUGCAUUCUACCCAACAUAGAAGCUGUGUGUAAUUUGCAUAGCAUAAGUCUCGUUCACGAAUCGCCGCACGAGCGUCUACACUGGUACAUCGAGGUAGCAUGGGCUUUCUCCACGUUGCUGGGAUUGCUGCUGUUUCUACUGGAAAUUGCGAUACUUUGCUGGGUGAAAUUUUACGACUUUUCGAAGGUGGCCGCCUGGUCGGCCUGCAUACUGCUAAUACCGGUGUUAAUAAUUUUUCUUGCAUUCGCGAUACAUUUUUAUCGGAGUCUCGUAGCGCACAAGUACGAAGUUACAGUGUCCGGUAUACGAGAACUCGAAUUACUGAAGGAACAAAUCGAGUCCACAGACGUAGAAGGCAGAAAUUGCAUAGACACCUUGCAAACUGCUGGAGUAACGCAUAUCGUUUAAAUCGAUACUUUUUCAGCUAUAAACAGCUUAGAUAGUACACUCGUUGAACUAAGGUGUUACAUUCCCCGAUAGAGGCUGUUAUUUAAUUCGGCUUUUAUUUUAAUUCGGACAGGAAAUAUCUGGCAAUUUAAUUAGUAUUAAAUCAGAACAAUUAAUCAUUUAGUUGUCUUUCUGGAAGAAUCAAUAUAUAUCUUAAUAUUCUUUAAAAUAAAAAUUCGAUGUCAAAGACAAAAAAUGUUUAAUUCUAUUAGAAAUAAAAUCGGACUUCCGUUUCUGUUGUGUGAGAGAUGAUAUGGCAAAGUAAGAAUGCGAUGAGAGUGUGAGAAAAAGAGAGAGAAAGGCUUGGUGUUAAAGAAUGGUAUGGGGAGAGGGGAGAAGGAUAGCGAGAGGAGUGUGGGAGCGUGUGGGUGGCAGGAGGGAAGCAGUGGAGAGUUGAGAAAGUAAGGGAAAAGUUAGAAGACAGGAGAGGUUAGGAUAGAGAAGAAGGAGUGGAAAGGUAGAGAAGAGGGAAGCAGGGUGAGUUAUCUAGGUGAGUGAGUAGGAAUUAGAUAGCGGGAAAGUAGCGAUGAGGUAUUAAACAGAUGUAGGCAGAGGCAUAAACUAGAGAGUUGUGAGAUUGAUAGGGAUAAGAAAGAAAGGAACAAUAGGGUUAGAAAAAGAGGAUAAGA